UGAAUGUCGCAGCAGAUCGAGACUCAUCAGACCAGGCAACGUUUUUCUGUUCUUCUGUUGUCCACUUUUGGCAAGAUACAAGAAUACAAUGGAUUCCCAAAUUGCAAAAAAAAAUCAAAACCUCACCACAGCUGAGGAAAUGAGAAACCAGACCAAACUUGUGAUGCAGCCCUAUGCCAACUGGGAGGAGUAUCUGACUCCUGCUCCACUCUCCAUAGCCAUCCUGGGAGAGCUGGUCUUCAUUUCAUCCAAAGAAGAUUUCUCUAUUAACAAAAACCCACCUAAAGGUGGCUACAAGUGCAUCAGAUAUCCAGAUUCAUUUCGUGCCUGCCUCAUGCAGGUGUGUAACUCUGGCUGGAAGGCUUUCAACGAGGCCCAUAAGAACAUGGAUCAGAUUAGACUUCACACCAUGGCAGUUCCAGAUUACAUGAAAACAGCUGUAAAGAUCCUGUUCCAAGGCAACAAUGAAGUUGUUCAAGCUCACCUCCCUGACCAGCUGGAGAACAUUCGUGUCAUUGCAGACGACUGUCUUGAGCUGGCUAAUUCAACAGAAAAGAAGUUUACUGAUGUCAUCAAUAUUAUCCAAGAACUACUGGAAGCAUGUGUAAAUGCUCAGUACGUUUAUGGAGAGGAGUUAGAUGCUAUCAAGAAGCAGCUGGAAGAUGCCAAGAUGAGGAAAAAGUCAUCAAAAGAAGCCAUGAAACGCUCAGAUAAGGCAAUGAAAGCCAUGGGAGAGCAAUUAAGGGAAGCACAAGAAAGUUAUAAAGAUGCAAUGGAUUCACUACCCAGUGGAUGGGCAAUGAUAGGUAUGGAUUUUGUUGGUGGUCUGACUGAGAGCUUUACAACUGCUGUUAAUGGAUUAACUUCCCUGGUUACCCAGCCAGUGAACCUAGCUUGUAAAGCUUCCACAACAGUUUCUGAUACAAUGCAGCAUAUUAAAGAAUCAAGAGUUGAUGGAGUUGAUUUAAUUAACAUUUAUAGCAAGUCUGCAGAAAUCUUAACGUGCACAUUGAAUGUUCAAAAGUUUGUAGAGGACAACACAAUUGACUGGAAAGAAUUGUAUGAUCAAAAGAGGAAAGCUACAGUAACAGAUUUCCAGGCAGUUCAAUUCAAAAGAAUCAAGGAGAGCUUAAAAAAAAGCCCAAACUGCGGUGAAAAAAAACGUGCUCAAAGUAUAUGUGAUAAGGGCAUUGCAAUCUGUAAAGAACUAGCAAAAUAUGCACCAGAGGGGAAAUGUGAAGAUGCCAAAACAGAGCAGCUGAUUGAAAGCAUCACAAAUCUGGUAGACUUAGCUCAAACCUUUGACUGCAAAAGCAAACACAUCACAAAGUCUCCUGCUUUGGCUCCCAAACCUCCAAUGAUGUACAAAGAAGAAAGUAAAUCUGGAAAGAUGAGCGCAUCACAAAGAGCAUCGGAGAAUGCCAGGUUCCGCAUUGAGCAGAGUCGUGUUCAACUGGACAAGACCAGAGAGAUCUAUGACAAGAGUGUAGAGAACAUGGAGAAGCACCAAAAAGAUCUGACUGAAAUUCUGAUCACCUUGAGGAACUGCAAGAUCAAAGAGAUUGACUUUAACACCACUAUACAAAUGCUGGUCAAAGGUAUGGAUGCCAUGGGGAGAGUGAAGGAGCAGUGGGAAAAGAUGGUACGCUUCUUUCAGAUGGUGUCCAACAUUGUGAAAACCAGCCUGACCAGAACCCUUAAAGAUUUUGUCUCCACAUCAGAGAAAACACAAUCACUUUCCUACAAUGCAAAGCUCUUCUCUAAAGAUCUGCUCUACACUCAAGCCUUUCAAGCCACUAACAUUGCCAGCCUUGUACACAUGAUCUCAGCAACCUACACUGAGGUGUCCACCCAGCAUAUCAUGGAUCGUGUCAGCUCUCUGGGAAAACUGAUGGCGAUGGACAAGGAAAAGCCGGAGUUUCUGUCUGAGCGUGAGAUGUUACAGAACUCCUGUGAUGAAGCUCAGAAAGCCAUCUUAGCCCUUGUACUCAAAAACAAGAAGGAGUUUGAACGGAAGAGUGCUGCAAGAAUGGAGAAGAUUGAUAACGAGCUGCUCGCCAUUCUCCCUGCUGCAGCUCCCGAAGAGAUAAAGAGCAUUCAAGCAGCUGUUGAAAGCGGAUUCACAGAGGAAGAAGAGGCAGACUAUGCCUGAGUGUAUUAACAAAAAAUUAUAUUUUGAAAGCAUAAAAGAAACAUUUCAUAAUUAUAACAGAAUUACUUUUCAAAAUCUGUUAAAAUAUGCUUUAAUAAGAAUUAAUAAAUAAUUAAUUUGAUUUAAAAUAACUUACAUAAUUAAUAACAUAAUUAACUUUAAUUAUCUUGUUCACUUUUGUUAUGUUUAAUUAACUCACUUCAAGUCAUCUAUCCUAACUACACUCAUAUUCUAAAGUUUAUAAACAAUUUGGAUAUCCUGGUAUAAAUAUUGCAUUAUUUACUUAAGUACCUUGUAAUCAAUCACAUUUUUCAUUAUCUUCCAAUAAACAGCAAGGAAAGAUUUCAUACAUAAGUAUAAUCAUUGCAAUACUUUGUACUCAGUAGUUUCUAGUUUGAUAGUUUACUUUGGUAAUUUGAUAAUUAUUUCUCUUUCUAUUAAUACCACAUUAUACAUUGUAGUCACUGAAUACACUGUACUGCAAAAAGAAAAUAAAAGC